ACCGCCAGGACUUUGUGUAUAAAUUGGCGGGAUCGAUGGAAAAAUUAUUUCAUUUUACGAAGGCACGGAUCAUAGUUCGACAAUGGAAAGAUAUACUUUUGUCGUCAUUUGUCUUGCUCUUGUCUUAAAAACGUCAGACGCACAAAUAACGGCAUGGGAGGAACCAGCCGGAAGUACAACAGAUGUUAAUGCUGCAACUACUGCGACUAUCGCUGAAAGCCUAGCAACUGGAACUGCAACCGGAGUAACAAUCAAGGCAACUGGCACUGAUACACCAACGUACGCUAUCGCAUCACAGGCGACUUCGGGAAAACUUACUAUUGAGGCAAGUACAGGUGUAUUGACUCUUGCUGCUGGAACAUUUGAUUUUGAGACUGAACCUACAUACGUUUUAACGAUUGUCGCAACUGCCGGCGGGUCCACUGGAACAGCUUCUACAACAAUCAGUAUUACAGACGUAAAUGAAGCUCCCGAGUUUUCUGCAUCUGAUUAUACAACGUGCAUAGUUGACGGUUCUACAGAAGGUAAAUCUGUAAUUGCCCUUUCUGCAAGUGACCAAGACGAUGGAGACAUAAUCACAUACAGCAUUGCUUCUGGAGAUACAAACACAGACUUUGCAAUUUCGUCUACUGUGCUCCAGGUCAAUACAGGGAAAACGCUUGAUAUGUCAAAGACAUCUACUUACACACUUGUCGUACAUGCCAUUGAUGAUGACACUACACAACUUACUGGAUCAGCUACAUACACUAUCAGCGUAAAGUCUGACUGUGGUAACGGUGCACCAGCUUUGGUCGCAACCAGCAUGACCAUCUUAAUGGCACUUGUCGCGUUUUUGGUCUAAGUUUGAAACUGUAAAAUUAUGUGAAAUAUAAAAAAAAAUAUAUUGAAUCAGUUGCCUUAAAACAUUAAAAUCAUUAAUUUAUGUUAAUAAACAAAUAUGAUCAUGAAUACAUAGCUAAACAUUCCAAAGAUACAAAGGUUGUAUAAAAAAGGACUUUUAUAAAGGAAAUUAACAUGACUGAAAAAAGUGAUACACAAAGUAUAACCGUCUACUUGUUAACUGUAAGCACAGCUAUUUAUUUCAAAAAUUCAUAUUCUAAUAUAUUAAAUUUGAGCAUCUAUAUUGUGAUGACUUUGCGGAUACCAACAUUUACAUUUAUAUAUUGAGUGAUGGCAAAAAUUUAAAAAAGGAGAAAUUGUACAGCUACAAGCUCAAAAUUUACUUUAAUGUUAAGUACAUGUUCUAGACUAUUGCUUUGAAUUAAUGGACGAAAGUCUUCGCCUCUUUGUAUUUCUUGUGUGCUUUUAUCUUUUGUGUGUAUGUCUGUAACAGUUAGAGCAGCGAAGUGAUAUCAGUGAUGAGAUACAAGCGUAUUGAUGUUUGAUUCAUUUCGCUAUUGUUGUUUAAAUACAAAAAUUGUAUUGUAACGUUACCAGGUAAGUAGAAAAAUACCUAACAAACAUGUAUUGUACGAUAGUUCUUUUAUCACAAUAUUACAUUGCUACUUUCUAAAUUUGAAUUUUAUUUCGAUUGACGUUUGUUGCGUAAACCAAAUAACAUUCAAAUUGAUUGUACCAUAUGAGAACUAUAUCACAUGUAUAACUUUUCCGUGUAAGAAUAAACUAAACAAUACACAACUGUA